AUGGCUUGCUUGGCAUGCCUUCUUGCAUUGGCAUUUGUUGCUGCUGAAGCACAACAGAUGCAGUCGAAUAUAAGCCAAGGCUCUUCUUUAACACCAACCACCAACUCCACAUGGCUGUCACGUUCUGGUCUGUAUGCCUUUGGAUUUUACAGGCAAGGCAAUGGCUAUGCUGUUGGGAUAUUUCUUGCUGGAAUUCCCGAAGAGACAGUCGUGUGGACUGCGAAUCGAGAUGAUCCGCCAUUCUCCAACAAUGCCACCUUGCGCUUCACAGGUGACGGCCUUGCCUUGCCAACAGCAGAAGGCCAAAAUUACUUGGUAAAAUCUUCUAGCUCUGCUUCUUAUGCUUCCAUGCUCGAUUCGGGUAAUUUCGUGCUGUACAACUCUAGUCGGGAAAUAGUAUGGCAGAGCUUUGAUCAUCCAACCGACACCCUUUUGCCCGGUCAACGCCUUUUAUCAGGAAACGAACUUUUCUCUGCGAAAUCAGAAGCUGAUCACUCAACGGGGAUUUUCCGUCUCAAAAUGCAAAAUGAUGGAAACCUUGUUCAGUACCCUGUAGAUACUACAGACACCAGACCUUACGCUUUUUAUUCAUCUUCAACUUCUGGCGCGGGAGAGAAUGUGACACUUAAUUUUGGUGCUGAUGGCCAUCUCUACUUGCUCAACAGGAAUGGUACGAAUAUUCGGAAUAUAACAGAGGGAGGUCUUCCUGCUGAUGAAGGAAAACUUUAUCUUAUGAGAAUUGAUGUAGGUGGGAUAUUUCGUUUGUAUUCACAUGAUUUGAAAAAGAAUGCAAUUUGGUCAGUUGAGUGGGAGUCUUCCAAGGAUAAGUGUGUUCCUAAAGGCCUAUGCGGAUUGAAUAGCUAUUGUGUCUUAAUUGAUCUAGAGACUGACUGUAAAUGUCUUCCGGGAUUCGAAUCUGUUAACCAGGGAAAUCAGACAUCCGGGUGCGAGAGAAAUUUUGUUGCGGAUGCGUGCAAAAACAGGAAUGAGAAUUUCACUUACACCAUGGAAGAGCUGGAAAGCACAACAUGGGAAGAUGUUUCGUAUAUGAGUUUGAGAUUAUCCGACAAAGAUGAUUGCAUACAAGGCUGUCUGGAGGAUUGUAACUGUGAAGCUGCGCUUUUUGACGGUACAAACUGCAGAAAGCAGAGGCUUCCUUUGAGAUAUGGUAGAAGAGACACUGGAACUUCAGACAGAGCUCUCAUCAAGGUAGGUGUACCUACAAAACCAGAUACAGAUCCUAGAAUCUUUCAACCAGGAAGCAAGAAAAAAGGUAGACUGACAUCCUGA